UGUCUUUAAUCCAUAACGGGAGCCCACGGCAGGAGCUUGGCUGCUGUCUCUUUUCUUCCCUGUUGUUUCUUCAUCAAGCAGGAGCGAGGGAGGCAGCUGGAGGCAGGUGCCACUCCCUGAGAGCUAACAGGGAGCUGAGAAGCUGUUGACUGGGAUUUGGGAAGGAGAUGGCAGUUGUUUUGGAAGAAGAACCUGUUUGGUGGGUCUGAUUUGAAUCAAUAAAGGGAGCAGCACGCCAGUGUGUAGGAAUGAGCAGCCUCCAUCAGUGGAUUAAAGCUUUGGAUGCUGCCUGCUGUCGCUCAGGACUGUAUCUGUGCUUUUCUCCUGCACUAUGGAGCCUCUCUUUGGGGUUGUGCUGGGCUUGAUGCUGGCAGUCGCUUCACCAGCCCACGACAGCUGUACCUGUGCGACCAACAAGUGGGCAGUGUGUGCCCAGGACGGCCCAGGGAACUGCACCUGCAGGCUGGCAGGUUCACAUCACCCCGUAGACUGCUCGACCCUGACUUCCAAAUGCUUUCUGAUGAAGGCAGAAAUGAUCCCCCUGAAGGAGAAGCGCCUCUGGAGACCUCCCCAGGCGGUGUCCGACAGCGACGGCAUGUACGACCCCGAGUGCGAGGACAGCGGCGUGUUCAAGGCCCGGCAGUGCAACCAGUCCGGCAGCUGCUGGUGCGUGAACACGGCGGGCGUGCGCAGGAGCGACAGGGGAGGCAGCGGCCUGAGCUGCGGCGAGCUGGUGCGCACCAGGUGGAUCUACAUCGAGCUGACGCACAGGAGGAGCCCCGGCGCCUUCGCCGUUCCCGCCGUGGCCGAGGCCCUGACGCGGCUCUUUGAGAGCAGGUACAAGCUGCGCCCCAAGUACAUCGCUGCCAUCAAGUACGAGCCCCCCCUCAUCCAAAUCCGCCUGGAGCAGAACAAGAAGCCCAGCUGGGAUGUAGAUAUCGCUGACGUGGCCUAUUACUUUGAAAAAGACGUGAACAAUGACUCCGUGUUUCCAUCCGACAGCAAAUUAACUGUCUCGGUCAAUGGAGACGCUCUGGCCAUUGAGAAGCUCGGGAUUUACUACGUGGAUGAAAAGCCCCCAGAGUUCUCCAUGAGGCAGCUGGCAGCUGGCAUUGGUGCCGUGGUCACCGUGGUGCUCCUCACUGCUGGCAUCGGCAUCGCCGCGCUGCUCGUCCUCAGGUGGCUGCGCACAAGGACAUAUAAAAAAUUCGAGUGUAAAGAAAUGAGGGAAAUUAAAGCCCCAAGCUUAGAGCUGCCCUGAGCUGAAAGAAGAAUGGCAACUACAGGAAGAAAAGGAAAAAAAAAAAAGGCACAAAAUACAAAGA